CCCCCUCUUUUCUUCGUGAGAAGCAGUCACCUUGUGAUGUGUGCUCACUCCGCCUCUUCCCAGCGGAUGCUCGCUCCCUGUCAAUUUAUUUUCUGAGAUGAAGAGUUGAGGAAGGGGGAAAAGAAAACAAGAGGGUCUGCGGGGGUAGCGCAGUUAAAACAUCCAUGGGUGGUUGUGUGGGCAGUCACCAUGAUUCUUCAGGCAGUCUAAACGAAAACUCUGACGGAACUGGAGUGGCUCUUGGGCGUAACCAGGCCUUGAAGAGAGAGAAGCCCAAAUGGAAGAGUGACUAUCCAAUGACGGACGGCCAGCUGCGCAGUAAGCGGGAUGAGUUCUGGGACACUGCGCCCGCCUUCGAGGGCCGCAAGGAGAUCUGGGACGCGCUCAGGGCCGCCGCCCAGGCCUUCGAGAGCAACGACCAUGAACUGGCCCAGGCCAUCAUCGACGGGGCCAGCAUAACAUUGCCACACGGUGCGCUGACUGAGUGCUAUGACGAGCUGGGGAACCGCUACCAGCUGCCAGUCUACUGCCUGUCGCCACCUGUCAACAUGAUCGAGGAGAAGAGUGACCCAGAGAGUCUGGAGGUCAGCGAGCCGCCACCCAGCGAGGGCCAGGAGUGCCAGCUGCGCCUGCGCUUGUCUACGGGCCGGGACCUGCGCCUGGCGGUGAGGACCACGGACACGGUGCAGCACAUGAAGCGCCGGCUGCAGACGGUGGAGGGCGUGGCGGCGGCCACCCAGCGCUGGUUCUUCUCGGGCCGGCCACUCACGGACAAGAUGAAGCUGGAGGAGUUGAAGAUCUCCAGGGACUACGUGGUGCAGGUGAUCGUCAGCCAGCCGCCCGCCCCCCUGCCCACCCAGGCAUCGCCCACCCUUGUACCAGCCACGCCCGCCACACUACCCCAGGACCCCACACCCGUGGAAAACUAGUGCCUGGCACUCGGAGAGGGCAUGCAGGAGGAGAGAGGACCACAAUGGGAGGACCAGCUUGUGUCUAAGAGAGCGAGUGAGAGAGGGGUGGAAGUGUGUGUCUGUGUUGAGGGGGUGUGUGUGUGUGUGUGUGUGUGUGUGUGUGUGUGUGUGUGUGUGUGUGUGUGUGUGUGUGUGUGUGUGUGUGUGUGUGUGUGUGUGUGUGUGUGUGUGUGUGUGUGUGUGUGUGUGUGAAGGAGCUAAGCAGGUAGAAGAUUAGACACGUGUCUGCAAAUGGGCUGAAACAGGACUAGAGAACCAUUGAAAGGGUUUAUUUACAGUUGUGUUUUUUAAGCUGUGUUACCUCCCUCCCUCUUCUCCCUCCUCGACGGGACGGCGAGGUUAUUCUGCAAGGCAUGCUAGGAUAGCAGCAGGGGCGUGUCUGUGUCUCAGCCGGAACAGGAAGACUCCGCCUCCUCGAUUGAAGACAACCAACCAGGAGCAGAAGAGACUCAACCACAAGACAGGACCACCUGCCAACCUGACUUUUAACAAAUCAACCUUUUAUAAAAACUAUUUUUAAAAACUUGUCUUGCUUUUAGUGGAAACUGAACAACCAAAAAAAUAAAGAUCUGGGGAAACUAUAAGGAACGGGGAAGAAUAUACAGUAACAACUUUUUAAUUUUGCAUUGUUUUUACUCUUGUUUUGAUUUCACUGCUGUUGCAUUUUAGUCCUUGUCAUUGUCAAGGAUGAUUCUGUAUUGAUUUGGAGGACUGGGUCAAUGUUCCAGAACCUUACCUGCCUGCCUGCUCUCCAUCUCCUCUAUAGCUUCUAGUCAGUCAGCUGUCUGUCCUUCUAUUGCUCCAUUUGUUAUGCAUCCUACCUGUAACAGUCUUGACCUGUAGCUUCUUUCUGCAGACAUUACAUGUAGCUCUGCCAUUCAACUCUUAAGCAGACGAAUCACAUGCUCUGGACAAUACCUUUUUAAUUCCUGUCUUGGUUUGUGAAGUUAGUAGGCUGUCACUGCGUCAGAUUAGUUCCCUUCUCAUUCUCCAGUGUACAUGUAAACUUGACACUCUCACUCUACAGUUGUCUGUGUGCACCUGAUAUUUGCUUGAGAUGGAAAUACAGUAGGUUUCCAGUUAUUACAGGUGCAGAACUU